AUGGCGCUCGUGGAGAUGCUCCUUGCCAGGAUUUGCGAGCCAAUUGCUUGGGUGGCUCUCGUCCUCGGUAUUCUGACUACAUACGUUAUUCGUUUCUACAAUCGAGUGAGGAAACUCCCUCCGGGUCCGAUUCCGCUUCCAUUCCUCGGGAAUCUACUUCAGUUGCGAGCGCCCAGGCCACUCUACGAGAAAGCGAUAACUUGGAGUGAAAAAUAUGGGGAUCCAUUCACCAUCUGGUUCGGAAAUCGCCCGUUCGUCGUCGCUAAUACGAAAGAAUCCUUCAUGGAGAUGUCCGGACCCCUCAGGAAUCUCACAGCGGAUCGGCCACAGAUGAAAUUGAAUGAGCUUCAGAUGAGAGGACACGAAGAUGUGAUCGCGAGCAACUUCACAUCAGGAUGGGACGUUCUCCGCCGCCUGAGUCAUGUCGCUAUGAGGAAAUACGCUCAAACUGAAAAGUUGGCCAACCUGGUGGCGAAAAUAGUCGACCAGGAAAUCGAAGACGUAUUGGAGAGCGCGGAAUCGAAACGUUUCGGCAUAGUCGAGUACUUGGAAAACGUCCUCGCAAGCGUUUUGGCCAUUUCCGUCGCCGGAGAAAGCUUCGAGAGAGGUGGUGAGGAAUUCAAGCUCUUCCAGAGAGCUGCGAAGAUCUUCGAGAAUGAGACGGGAGAAUGCGGUCCGGAAGGCCAUCGCUGA